AUGACCGCUCCCGAAUCCCCCAUGGCACAGUCGUCUGCCAUCCCGGCCUCGGCUAGCAACAAGGACCAGAUGGCGGCAACGCGCCGGCGCAGAAAGUCGAGCGUGCGAGGCCACGGCCACACUCACGAUCCCACGGCGCGCCAGUCCUCCAACAAGCAGGACCAGCUCGACAUGCUCUCCAAGCGCAGCCGUGCCCGCGCCAUCCUGCGCCGCUGCAAGCACAUCGCCGUCAAGCACACUUGGACCACCCCGCUCGUCCUCAUCCUCGCCUUCCUCUCCAUCUACGCCGUCAACCCGACCGAGUCCAACAUCGUCCACCACUUCAUCUUUCUCUCCUACAAGGUGCCCCAGCAGGGUCUGGACGCCGUUGCCGGCAAUGCUGCCGCCGACCCCGACGCGCCCGCGCAGUAUGGCAAGGGUCUCUGGGAUAUCGCCUUUGUCUGCUUCUACGCCACCGUCCUGUCCUUCACGCGCGAGUUCAUCAUGCAGGAGCUCCUCCGCCCGCUGGCCAAGUUCUACGGCAUCCGCUCCCGCGGCAAGCAGCUGCGCUUCAUGGAGCAGGCCUACACCGCCAUCUACUUUGGCAUCCUCGGCCCCUUUGGCCUGUAUGUCAUGAGCCGCACCCCGGUGUGGUACUUCAACACCACCGGCAUGUACGAGUCAUUCCCGCACAAGACCCACGAGGCUGUCGUCAAGUUCUACUACCUGUUCGAGGCCGCCUAUUGGGCCCAGCAGGCCCUCGUCAUGCUCCUCGGCCUCGAGAAGCCGCGCAAGGACUACUACGAGCUCGUGGCCCACCACAUCGUCACCCUGUCGCUCAUCGGUCUGAGCUACCGCUUUCACUUCACCUACAUGGGCAUUGCCGUCUACCUGACCCACGAUAUCAGUGAUUUUUUCAUGGCUAUGUCCAAGUCCCUCAAUUACAUCGACAGCCCAAUCACCGGGCCGUGGUACUGCCUCUCGCUGGCCUCGUGGAUCUACCUCCGCCACGUCAUCAACCUCAAGAUCCUCUGGUCCAUCCUCACCGAGUUUUCUACCGUCGGCCCCUAUGAGCUCAACUGGGAGACGCAGCAGUACAAGUGCUGGAUCUCCAAGACCAUCACAUUCGGUCUGCUCGGCCUCCUGCAGUCCCUCAACCUCUUCUGGCUCUUCUUCCUCGUCCGCAUCGGCUACCGCUUUGUCUUCCACGACGUUAAGCAGGACGACCGGUCCGAGGCCGAGGACUCCGAGGCCGAGCCCAUGGAGACGAUUGACGAGCUUUCCAAGGUCGAUGCCGCGCCGAUUGUUACCGGCGAGGCCGCUCACGCUGCGCAGGCUGUUGUGAACGGUGUCGCCAAGGCUGCUGGUGGCGGCGUCGCGUCACGGACCCGGAGCCGACGCGCCGCGUAA